AUGCGGGCGGAACAGGUGGCAUGCGUAUGCGAGGUACUGCAACAGUCGGGCAACAUUGAACGGCUGGCUAGGUUUUUGUGGUCCCUGCCCAUCUGCGAAGAGUUACACAAAAACGAAACUGUCUUACGAGCAAAAGCCUUGGUAGCUUUCCAUAGCGGAAACUUCAAAGAACUUUACGACAUUCUUGAGAGUAACAACUUUCCAAUCGAGAGUCACCCAAAGUUGCAGGCACUGUGGCUGAGGGCGCAUUACAUUGAAGCGGAGAAGUCCCGUGGUCGUCCGUUGGGAGCCGUUGGAAAGUACCGCAUUCGAAGAAAGUUCCCGCUUCCCCGCACCAUCUGGGACGGCGAAGAAACGAGUUACUGCUUCAAGGAGAAGUCUCGCAGUAUUCUCAGAAACUGGUACGCACACAACCCUUAUCCCAGUCCGCGGGAGAAGCGCGAACUUGCCGAUACCACCGGUCUCACUACCACACAGGUCAGCAAUUGGUUCAAGAACCGCCGUCAGCGAGACAGAGCCGCUGAAACGAAAGACAGGUAA